UCAUAGGACGGGUUGAAUUGACUUGUUUCUGACAAAAUGAAUGGAACUAGGUGUGUUAAACUGGACAAGAAACUAUAUGAACAUACAAUUCUGCCUACUCUUUACAGCUUGGUAUUUAUUGUUGGACUGGUAGCCAACGGAUUGGGAUUGAAGUCUUUGUGGCACAACUGGAAGAAACUUGGAAAUAUUAAUAUUUUUGUUCUAAACCUUGGACUUGCAGACAUUUUGUAUCUGCUCACACUUCCCUUUCUAAUAGUGUACUACCUUAAAGGGAGUAAAUGGAUCUUUGGAGACGUCUUCUGCAAAGUAACAAGGUUCUGCUUCAACCUGAACUUAUACUGCAGCAUCGGGUUCCUCACAUGCAUAAGUGUGUACAGGUACCUGGGAAUCGUCCAUCCAAUGAGAGCCAUGGGGAGAUUAACAGCGACUCACUCUGUGGUGAUUUCAGUCAUUGUCUGGAUUCUGGUGAGUGCUCAGAGUCUUCCAGACAUGUUCUACCCCAAAACAUUUAAUAACACAAAAUGUUUUGACACAACCUCUAGCGAACAUAUUAAGAGUUAUCUGGACUACACCAUUACAUGGACAUUCUUUGGAUUUUGCAUCCCAUUCCUAAUCACCAUUGGCAGCUACGGACAUGUGACUAUCAUUGUCUGCUGCUCCAAUACGAUUAAAAAGGACCUGAAACGACGGAGCUUGAAGCUGUUGGCUAUUUUGAUACUUCUUUUCUCACUUUGCUAUGUGCCCUACCAUAUCUUCAAGAACCUCAGCCUGUAUUCCAGGUUUCUUCGUAUGCAGAAAAUAUGCCCCAGCUGGGAAAGGGUAGUCUUCAAUGCCCGUCAGGCAAGUCGUGGUCUUGUGAGCCUGAACAGCGCCCUCAACCCGCUGGUCUAUCUCCACGUAAAUGAGGAUUUGGGAACUAAGUUCAGGCAGCUGUUGCAGCGAGGACGACAGAUGUUCAGUCGUUUGUUUCAGUCAAAAUCCCAGUCUGUGCCUGUACCACAGACAGAGCAAGAAGACAUUUGACCGUUGAUUUUUUCAUUCAGAUAAGUCAUCAUUGCUUUUUUGAUUUUUUUUCUCUUUGUUGUUUGGAAAGUUGUUUUUUCAGGCAUUCAUGUAUUAUUUUCCCUUGUGCAGUUAUGUUGCCAGAUGCCUGGAAUGUAAAUAGUGAAUUAAAACACAAGUCAGACUUGUUUCAUUAAUUGUGAAUUUGACAAAGCCAUUAAAUUCAGCUAAAUAAUUGAACUCAUGCACCAGACUGUUGUUUUCACUGCCAUUUUGUAUUGUAUAUUUAUUAAAUCCUGAAAAAGAACAUUAAAAAGGUUCUGGGUUUGAAUCCCACAGACUGCCACUCAUGGUCCCUGAGCAAGACCCUCAGCCCCAUGAUGCUACCUAGAUGGUGCAAAGUGGCAGCCCACCGCUCCCUAAGUAAUGGGUUAAAU